CAGGCGAGAGCAAAGGCUUAAGGAACUGCACUGGGGGUAGAACAGGGGCAAGCAGGCCAAGGCCUGGCUGGGGCUGUGGGGAGCUGCAUGGAGCGAUCCCAGUCCCAGCAGCAUGGAGUUGAACAAAGCUGGUGGGGCAGUGCUCCCCAGUACCAGUACAUGCCUUUUGAACACUGUACCAGCUAUGGACUGCCCUCAGAGAAUGGGGGCCUUCAGCAUCGUCUCCGAAAGGACGCAGGUCCCCGGCACAAUGCCCACCCCACACAGAUUUAUGGCCAUCGCAAAGAGCAAUACUCAGAUAAGGAGCAGAACACAGGGAUGCCCAAGAAGAUGGGCUCCAGUUCUACCUUGGACAGCAAGGAUGAGGAACACUAUUCUAAAUGUCAAGAUUGUCUCCACCGCCUGGAACGAGUGGUGAGAAGGAAGUUGGGGGAAGACUGGAUCUUUCUGGUGCUCUUGGGCCUGCUGAUGGCUCUGGUCAGCUGGUGUAUGGACUAUGUCAGUGCCAAGAGUCUUCAGGCCUACAAGUGGACCUACGCCCAGAUGCAGCCCAGCCUUCCUCUACAAUACCUGGCCUGGGUUACCUUCCCACUUGUCCUCAUCCUCUUCAGCGCCCUCUUCUGCCACCUCAUCUCUCCCCAGGCUGUUGGCUCUGGAAUCCCUGAAAUGAAGACAAUCCUUCGUGGGGUUGUCCUGAAGGAAUAUCUCACUCUUAGAGCUUUUGUGGCCAAGGUCGUGGCCCUGACUGCUGGGCUGGGCAGUGGCAUCCCUGUGGGGAAAGAGGGCCCUUUUGUCCACAUCGCCAGCAUCUGUGCAGCUGUCCUCAGCAAGUUUAUGUCCAUGUUCUGUGGGGUCUACGAGCAGCCAUACUAUUACACUGACAUCCUGACGGUGGGCUGUGCUGUAGGGGUCGGCUGCUGUUUUGGAACACCACUUGGAGGAGUGUUGUUUAGCAUCGAGGUCACCUCUACCUACUUUGCUGUUCGGAACUACUGGAGAGGAUUCUUUGCAGCCACAUUCAGUGCCUUUGUAUUCCGCGUGCUGGCUGUGUGGAACAAGGAUGCUGUCACCAUCACUGCUCUGUUUAGAACCAAUUUCCGAAUGGAUUUCCCCUUUGACCUGAAGGAGCUCCCAGCCUUUGCUGUCAUUGGGAUUUGCUGUGGAUUCCUAGGAGCUGUGUUUGUGUAUCUGCAUCGCCAAGUCAUGCUUGGUGUCCGGAAGUACAAGGCCCUCAGCCAGUUUCUUGCUAAGCACCGCCUGCUGUAUCCUGGAAUUGUUACCUUUGUCAUUGCCUCAUUCACCUUUCCACCAGGAAUGGGUCAAUUCAUGGCUGGAGAGCUGAUGCCCCGAGAAGCCAUCAGUACCCUAUUUGACAACAAUACAUGGGUAAAACAUGUAGGUGACCCCACAAGCCUGGGCCAAUCAGCUGUGUGGAUUCACCCACAGGUCAACGUUGUCAUCAUCAUCUUUCUCUUCUUCAUCAUGAAGUUUUGGAUGUCCAUUGUAGCCACCACUAUGCCCAUACCCUGCGGAGGCUUUAUGCCUGUGUUUGUGCUAGGAGCUGCAUUUGGAAGGCUGGUAGGAGAGAUCAUGGCCAUGCUGUUCCCUGAUGGUAUCUUAUUUGAUGAUAUCAUCUACAAGAUUCUACCUGGGGGUUAUGCAGUAAUUGGAGCAGCGGCGCUGACAGGUGCUGUGUCCCACACAGUUUCUACAGCUGUGAUUUGCUUCGAAUUAACGGGUCAGAUUGCUCACAUCCUACCCAUGAUGGUGGCUGUUAUCUUGGCCAACAUGGUGGCUCAGAGCCUGCAGCCCUCCCUCUAUGACAGCAUCAUCCAGGUCAAGAAGCUUCCUUACUUGCCUGAUCUUGGUUGGAACCAGCUCAGCAAAUUUACAAUCUUUGUUGAAGACAUCAUGGUACGUGAUGUGAAGUUUGUUUCAGCUUCUUGCACAUAUGGGGAACUGAGAAACCUACUCCAGACCACCACAGUCAAGACUUUACCACUGGUUGAUUCCAAAGAGUCAAUGGUCCUGCUGGGCUCCGUGGAGCGCUCAGAGCUGCAGUCCCUCCUGCAGCGCCACCUGUGUCCCGAGCGGAGGCUGCAGGCAGCCCAGGACAUGGCACAGAAGUUGUCCGAGCUGCCCUAUGACGGCAAGAUGCGCCUUGCAGUGGACCUCCCAGGCGGUGUGCCUCAGGGCCGGCCAGAGUCCUUCGCUUUUGUGGAUGAGGAUGAAGAUGAGGACCUCUCCGGGAAGACUGAGCUGCCUACUCUUUCUUCUCAUCCUGUAUACUUUCCUACUGCCCCAUCUUCUCCUGAGGAGCCCAAUGGACCCUUGUCCAGCCACAAACAGCCACUUGAAGCCCCAGAGCCUGCAGGUCAAAGAUGCUCCAUCUUCCAGUGCCUGCUGCACUGCUUGCUGGGCAGAGCUCACCCCACAAAGAAGAAAACAACCCAGGAUUCAAUGGAUUUAGUGGAUAACAUGUUACCUGAAGAGAUUGAAGCCUGGGAACAGGAGCAGCUGAGCCAGCCUGUCUGCUUUGACUGCUGUUGUAUCGACCAGUCUCCCUUUCAGCUGGUGGAGCAGACCACCCUGCACAAGACCCAUACACUCUUCUCACUUCUUGGCCUCCAUCUUGCCUAUGUGACCAGUAUGGGGAAGCUCAGAGGUGUUCUGGCACUGGAAGAGCUACAGAAGGCCAUUGAGGGCCACACCAAAUCAGGGGUGCAGCUUCGCCCGCCACUUGCCAGCUUUCGGAGCACAACUUCCACUCGAAAGAACACCGGGGGACCACUCCCUCCUGCAGAAGGCUGGAGCCUGGCACAGGAUGGUGCUGGAGCCCCUGGAGCAGAGGAUGUGGCUCCUACCUCCCCAGAGACACCUGUGCCACCCCCCUCCCCAGAGCCCCUUUGCCUGCUGGUCCCAGCCAAGGCAGAAGGUGAGCUGGAAGAGCUGGAGCUGGUGGAGAGCUCAGGACUGGAAGAGGAGCUGGCUGACAUCUUGCAGGGACCCAGUCUGAGAUCAACCGAUGAGGAAGAUGAGGAUGAACUGAUUCUGUGACCACUGCCUGGGCUCUCCUCAUAAAGGUCGUGGGGUCCCAUGCCAGAAGGUAGACUUGUGUGCAACAGUGGUGUCUUGAAGUAGGGAGGUCACACCUAUAUCUUGCCCCUCCCAGGAAUUGUUAAAUAUGUUAGAGAUCACUUAAGGAGUCACAAUGUGGGCAGAGUCUAGGUUAGUUAUGUAGACUGAUCCCCCAUUCCCAGACUGACAGGUGGUUCUAAACCAUGUGAAGGGUCCCUACUGUUCAGUGGGAUUUUCUGGGUGUUCCUGCUAUGUGGGUAGGGUCCCUACCUCCUGCUAUCUCCCCAUAAUUCCCACUGUUCUUGGCCCAGUGCUGUCCUGAUCUUGUCUGUCUAAUGACUGUGCCUCUGUAAGUGCCACACUGGAGGGGACGUGGGACCACUUCAUUGCCUUGUGGAUUGACCACCCCACAAUGUGCCUCCAAACUGCCCACAGCUGCUUCUCUGGGAGCCUACCCUCCCCCUGCCCACUUGCCCCCCCCCUCCCCCCUGCACAGCUCUUCUGAGUGCACAUGUCUGUUUCCUACAAUCUGCCCCCAGAUCCUAUCCUGGCUGCUCCAGGCCAGGCUCAUUGCUAGGGCAGAAGAGGCCAACCCCAUUCCCCUUCUGUCCUCUGCAUCAAGCAGUGAAAUGUGGAUAUCAAGGGCAGCUGCCUGGAAAAGAAAACAUCGACAAAGGCUCCACCCAGAAGGGGCUGGUGUCUUAUUACCAAACAAUCAUGGCCUCAUGGUAUUUUCUGACUCCCUCUAGCAGAAAGCCCUCCUUGUUUCAUAUCACAAGAUCAUCACCCUUGGUUUCCAGGUUACCCCUAAAACAUGCAUCUUCCCUUUCCCCACUGCAGUAACUGAUCUGUCUUUCCAAGGGUCAGCUCUGCCAUGGAGCCAUUCUAGCUGGAGUUGCUCCUGCAGAGAACCAAGGUUCUGUGCAAGGGCAGUGGGUCAUUCAGGUCUCAGCCCUUCCUAGACUAGCUCCUCAUGUUUUUCUUGGGUGGAGAGUUAGGAGCACCCUCAGGAUCGCAGGCCUUUUGGUGUUUCCCACUCUUAGGGCAGUCGUAUCCUUGUCCUCCCAAAUCAGCAGCAGGGAGUCUGGUGGAUGUGGAGCAUACCAUUAGCUUGCCUUCCCUAAAAAGAGAAGUCAGGUGUUCUGGCUCCAUACCCCAGGCUUUUCUCCCUCCCUCCCUGAAUGCCUUACUUAGUUCUGCAGUUGAGCCCUCCAUCUGGCAUUCUCCUCCUGCCCUUCCCCUGUGCCCAGUCUACUGCAGCCCCCAAAUAAGACACUCAUAGUCAGAGGAUGCCACCACAUUCUGUUUUAGUGUCAUUGAACACAGCUUCUGGCUCUCUCCAGCAUCACAUCCCUUCCACCUCCCCAGGCUGAGAGAUGCUGAGGCCUGGAUAAGGGGAUUGGCAGUGAGCAUCCAAGUCCAUGCCCAUGUGUAUAUAAUCUAUAAUAUUUAUAUAUUUAUAUAGAAUUCUCUCUGUAAUGUCAUAGAAUCUCUCUUGGGCCUGGGGUGGGAAUGUCACAUUAAGAAAACAUGCUAUGACCAGCCAUAAAAAUGGGUAUUUUUCAGACCUGGAAGACAGAGUGUGGGAUGUGUAAAUGAGGACAAGGAGAAGAUAAUAAACUCAUUCCCCCAAGAUUCCCUCCUUAACACAAGGAUAAGAAGGAAGUAGGGGAGGAAUAGAGG